GUCCUUGUCUUUCAUAUGUCGAGCGACAUUGUUCGUUUCAGAGUUGUUUCAGUCUGAAUUGUGUUGUCAUCCUUAUGUUCGUGAUGAUAAUUGUUAUCAGCGACUCUCCCUCAUUAUUUUAAAUCCUUCAAAACCUUCACUCUUUUGCACUUCAUUUGUCACAUUUGGAAUAUUAAAUGCUUUCUUCAUAUUCAGUGAUUAUUUUCAUUUUCAUUGCAACAUUUCUUACGUUUUUUAACUAGAUUGUGCACUUUCAGCUGUCCAUUUGUUUUUUGUCUAGUGUAGUGAUUUUUUAAGUACAUUCUUUUCCAGAAAUUUUUGUCCGCUUGAUGUAAAGCUUCUGGUUAACAAUCUACUAUGUCUCAUGUUUCAGAUUUAACUUGCGAUGAGACAAUGCCAUCUGUCGAUGAAGUGGAAAGAAGAGAUGGUCGACGCUUCUUCCAACAGUCAGUUAAUGUUCCUAUAGCUCGAAUUGCUCCAGUUUUACCGAGUAUUGCUUUACAGCAAAAUUCACGUCAGUUUGUCAAGACUUACAUAAGAAGCCAGGCAAAUGCGCCAUUUCCAGCAGGUUCAAAUGGUAGUCAAAAAAUAGUACAUUAUGGAACAACAUCAGUUUCUUCUAUUCCACAAUGCGCCGCUGCUGUUCCUGGUCGUUCUAAACUGGUUACCAUACGUCCAGUUGGAGCAGGCCAUUCCUUAUUAAAAUCAUAUGAUAUUGCCCAGCUAAGUGGUAGCCCUAUGACGACAGUGUAUCUUCAACAGCAACAUAAUUUACAUUUAGCGAGUGCACAGCAACCUGUUCUUUCCUUAUCGCCGUCGCGUGCUCGGGAAUUGGAGGAAUCACGCGUUGUUCGAUCUUCUCCAGCUGCUUUCACAAACUGUGGGAACACUGAUUCACGUCGAUAUUUGACAUCUGGUCGAAGUGUUGUUAGUGUUGGAGAUAUACCGGUUCGAAACUCCAUUCGUGUUAAUCCAAUUAUAAGCAGUGCGGAAUUCUUACGCGGUGCGAAGGUAGUAACGCGUAUCUCUGAUGAAAGAACGGAUAUCAAACCUGUCAUGAUGCCCGCACCAACUCUAAAUAUAGCAUGUCCCGCCACCAAUGCAUCUGUUACUACACUGCAUGAUACAUGUAUUCCUGUUCCGGCAGGACAGCAUGAUGGCUCAGUUGGUACUUCAUAUCCUGGACCGAGCGCACGACCUACUAUUUUGCGCAAAAAUCGAGAAUCAGGUUCUCUCUCUGCUGUGCGUCGCCUAAUUGUUGCCGAAGCUCAUCCUCAAACAGGCCCAUAUCAGGAAGUACUGACGGCUCCCUUAACUGCAGUGAAAGACAAUUCGAGUUUAAUGUGUUUCAAGCGCACAAGUGCUACAGAUACUCGCAUGCUGAGCGGUGCACCAUGCAUGUCACCUAAUACUCGCGGGAUCGUUGCUCGGAAAACUCCUGCUAUACUCAUUGGCAACGUCGUGCAAAAUACGAAGAACUUUUCAGAUCAGGUUGCGGUUGCCGGAGCUGUGGAAGUGUCACCACGGAAAAGACUGAGAAAACAAAACUUCGAGUGCACAAAUGCGGAAAAAAUGAAGUUGCUUAUAAAUACUGAACGAGUCGUUGGAGACUCCUUCGUUACUGUGAAAGAUGAGCUUACUUGGAAAUCUGCAGAUCUUGACUGUGAAUCACGAGAAGUGGAAGAUCCAGUGCCUGAAAAAGUGCCCAAACGGCGCAGUCGAGUGCGCAUAGAUAAUGGCGUAGGGACGGUGUCAUUGCAGCAGUGCGUUUCAUCGUCAGUUCCCCAUCAGAUUAAUUCUGAUAGUUAUACAAAGGUGAAGAGGAUGAAGAAAGCUGAAAUGGUCCUACGGAAUAAAUUAUCUGCAUCAGGAGUCCCAGCUGUUGUUGAGCUGGACUCCAGUUUGUGGCCGGUCCGUAAUUUUGUUGAUGAAAAGCGGACAUCACUGCAGUAUGGACAAAUCGACCGUGCAGUUAGAGAAACGAUGGAAACCGAACUCAAUGAAAAGUGGAUUGAAGAAGCAGAAGUCCAGAAAAUCGAGGAUGUCACUUAUUUGAUGUGUCAUAUAUUCGGGGUAGAAAUCGCUGUCCCAAGUAAUCCUUGUCCAAACAGUCAACGGAUUCUUCACAGAUCACGUGAUGUAUCAGCGACACUCUGCUUUUUUGAUGAGGACAAGAUAAAUGGAAAUAACCCAUCGACUGUUGUAGAUGAAACCUUAUCUCAUGUGGCAACAGUGAUGACAAAGGAAUCUGUUGGGUCGACUGUACCGAAAAAUGUCAUCACAUUGGGAACCACAUCAAAUAUUCGAAAUGAAAAUGGAGGAAAAAUCCAGUGUCGUCAGUUUACUGAACAGAAAUGGAAAGUCCUUGCGCAAAUGCUUCUCUGUUCUGGUUUAAAAGACCGUUGGCAACGUUUUGAUCGCAUCUCCGGUUGCGAGCGUGUAAUGAAACGAAUAUAUGUGAAACGUUGGAUGUUACAGGAACAUUUCCGCACUGCAAAGCAGUCGGUUUUAGCCGAUGUUGAAUUAAAUUCAAAUUUGGUUGCUUCGUUGGACGAUUAUUCACUUAUGGCAGCCAAAAAGCAGGCAGAAAAAUUUCUUGAAAAUUAUCCGAUUUGUCCACCUUCAACCUCCGAUAAUGUUUUUGAGAAGAAUGUUGAUAAUGAGCCUGUAUGCGUUUACAAAUAUCUGGAAGAAGCUUUAGAGGUUUAUGCGCGUAGUGCAAGCAGUGGCGUAAUAGGAAUUGGUCUUAUAUCACCUCAGAGAGGCAUACAAACAAGUGUUAGGUUAUCUCGUGGCCUACAACCGUUCGGUUAUGUGAGUCGACGUGAUCCAGAAACCGAAAUGUUACAGGCGGUUGCAGAAGUUCUCGCGGAAAUCAUUGAAGUUAUCGUCAAAAAUGAUAAAGAAGGACGAGAAGAGGGGAUUGAACAACAGCAUUUAGGAAGAAAAAGAAAAAAGAAAGAUGACCAUCUGUUCGAAAUAAAAAUUGCAGACCGAUUUGGGAUCUUUGAACUACCUCACACUGUACCUCAAGCUUCGAAUAGUGUUGUUGCCCUAUAUGAUAAUAUAAGCCAGUACACUCUUAGUAGAAAAAGGAAGUCAGAAGCUCUAGAUGCGGAUGAUGCUUUCUUUAUGAAUAUAGAGAAAGAACUGAAUCGUAAAAAGAAACGAGUUGGAGGAGAUAAGAAUCUUUCGCGGACGUUGCAUUCCUUAAGUCAAGUGCGAGCAGUCCACCAAAGAUUAUCAGACAUGCGAAAGGCAGAGUGUGAUAAUUUAAAUGAAGCAACAAAACAGAUGCUUAAUCUUGUUAGAUACAGUGACCCUACUUCUUAUAUCGAACUGAUAAAUGGUCACAAAGAAGAUUGUCAACCAUACGAUAAUGAAAGUGUUCGAGAAGAAAAAUGGCAAAAUCGACUUCUGUCAUUUACUAAAGCAGUCCCUUCUAAAAUUAUUCCAAUUUCAAGAAACUAUGAUGCAAAUAUAGCAAUGAAAUUUCAUCCACCAAUGAAUUAUACACUCAAAUUGUUCCGGGAAAAGUGUAUUCGUCCGCCCAAACGUUUUCGAUCCGGAAUGAAGCGAACACGCAAAAGUCAGUCGCGUAGAGGUCGCGGUCGCCAACGCGGAAGUAUUGCACAUUCAAAGAAAAAGUCACCGACUCCUGAGCUGAAGCUGGAAGAUCUUGAGCCACAUUUUACAGCUGCAGAAAUGGGCGCAAUGUUUAAGAAAGAAUUUGGAAUGGAUAUGAAAACAUUUAGGUAUGAACGUUGCUCACAACAAGAACUACAUUCGACAUGUUCUAAUCAGGCGCAACCAUUGCGUAGUAGAGAAGGGGAAGAAUUCAGAACAACCGAAGUAUCAGCUGGAAAUCAAUCUUGUACAGAUUGUAGUCUGUUAAACGAGAAUAAAAUAGUGAGUGUCGAAAACGGAAGUGCGGUAAUUAAUGAAGUCACGGCAGUAAUGUCCGGGUAUCCAGAAAUUGUUGAAAGUCUGAAAAGCGAAGGGCGGCAUGGGAAUGGAAAUGACGGAAGUCAUGUUGGUUUCUCGAUGACAGUGCCUUACCUAGAUCCUACCCAUAAUGAUGAAAUUAGUUUAUUGGAACAUGUGCAAACACGCGGGCGACACAUACGUGAGCAUUUCGCCACGCUGUUACAUGCCUUGCGAAUCAGCGAGCUGUUGACAGUGAAAGCGAUCAAAAUGUUCAGGGACUACACAACAGAUCUGUUCGACCGAGAAAACAGAGGUGCGAGUUGAACUCAAUUAAUCAUUCUAUAAAGCUCAAACGAACUGUAAUGUGUAUUAUUUUUCUUCUCUUCAUAUCAGUCCUUGCUGUUAAAUCUGAUUCAUUAUGUUUUGUGAUUUCUAAUUUUACAAAUUUGAAUGACACACUAUUCAGUCAACCGAUUUGCAGCAUAAAUUCUCAUUGCUGAUUUUUUCAUAACAGGAAUAUUAGUCAUAAUAAUUUUUAUGAGAAACUUGCAAUACAUGAUCUCGUUUUUUAUGAUGUUAAUUGCAGCUUUGCAUCGUGUUACUUGAUGUUAAAUGCAUGUUGUAUUCUCCAUGAUCAUACAUUUUCUAUAAUGGCACUUAACUAACGACAAUUGUAAUUUAUGUCAGGGAGUUUUUGCUUGUCUCUGUAUCAUUUUCCUUUCGGAGAUGCAUCGCAAGAUCUACCAUUUACUGUCUUUGACUGUCAUAUACUUUUUUUUAAGAGUGUUUCUUCUUUCAUGUAUUCAGCUCGGAUUUAUUGAAUUAUGUUACCGUAAAAUGUAAGGAGCCCUGUAAAUUCUCUUCGCCUCUGAUUGGGAAUCGGUGUAUCAGUGUUUUUCAUUUUAUUAAAUGUACAGGAAAUGUCUUAUGGUUUUUGUGGUACAAGUGGACAGUACCUGAUGCUAUUAGCCUUCCUUGUUACCAACAGGCUGUUGUUCCGCUUGUUUCGGUUUCAUGUUUACUGUCGAAAAACACUUCCAAUCUGAAAUGAUCUGUAAUUAGUAGUGGAUAAGUUUUGUCAUUCCCUUUCGUAUUUGGAAAGUUUGGUACGAAAUCGAACUCAUUGCCAUCUCUUAUUUGCACUUUAUUUUUUGGCUUAUAGGCCUGCUAAUUUGUCCUGUUGUUUUUUAUUCACUUUCGUCAUGUUCUAUCUACUGUGGAUUACUUUUUCGUGUUCAAGUCAUUAACAUUGUUGUCGCUUUUGUUUCACGUUUUUUCCUUGUGAAAAUGCGCUCAUUCUUUGUGAUUUUACAUUCACCGAAAAUUUAUUACUAAUCAAAGAAAUAAAAGUGAAUUUCGAAUGCAGA